AUCUGCGGGAUGAGAUGACACGCAUGACCGAGAAGGUCCAGUCCAUUGCUGACAGCUUCCCCCUCCACGACUACACCCGACCCGUCAGCGAAGCGCUGGUGAAGGCAGAGGACAGGAGCCAACCGUACCUGCAGGAGGUGCAGCGCUUCGAGCAGUACAGGUGGAUCGCGGGCACGGUGCUGUGCUCCAUCAUCCUCCUCAUCCUCGCCUGCAACGUGACAGGGAUGGCCCUGGGUGCAUACGGGCUCUCCAAGCGGGAGGACCCGAGCGACUAUGAGUGCCGAGGAGAAGCUGGCGCCAAGUUCCUCCUGGUUGGCGUGGGCCUGGCUUUCCUGUUCUCCUGGCUCCUCAUCCUCCUGGUUUUCGCCACCUUCCUGGUUGGGGGCAACAUCCAGACGCUGGUUUGCAGGAAUUGGGUCAACCAGGAGAUUUAUAAGUUCAUCGACACCCCCGGGAACCUGCCUCCAUCCAUGAACCUCACCCACCAGCUUAACCUCAGGAGGGACUCCAACCUCAGCGCCGUGUACCGGGAGUGCAAGAGCGGCGCGGGGCUGUGGGAGGUGCUGCAGCUCGACAGGUCUUACGACUUGGAUGAGCAUCUAAAAACCCCCAAGUAUACGGCUGACUUCCAAAAGCGCCUGGGUGACUUCACAGCACGCUUGGGCGAUGUGCGGCUCCUCCGCAGCGAGGGCAGGCAGGACCUGGAGACCUUCGCCCGCAGCGGUGUGGAUGAGGUGGACUAUGGGCGCUUCCAGGAGGAGAGGAACAGCACGGUGGCAGGGCGCCUGGCUGCUGAGGCUCGGGCCCUGUGGCAGAUGGAGAACUCCACAGUGCAAGCACAGGAAGCUUUGGUGGAGAAGCUGGGAGAGAGUGUCCAGUUCCUGUCCCGCUUGGCUCCGCACCUCCAGGAGAUCGGCUGCUUCACCAGGAAGGAGCUGCGCUACUUCACCCAGUACCUGAACUGGGUUGGGCAGACGCUGAGGGAGGACGUGGCUUCGUGCCAGCCCCUCGCCACGGCGCUGGACAACGGGCGGGUGAUCCUGUGCGACCGCAUCGCUGACCCCUGGAAUGCUUUCUGGUUCAGCCUGGGAUGUUGCACCUUCUUCCUCAUCCCCAACAUCAUCUUCGCCAUCAGGCUCACGAAACACUUCCGACCCAUCCGCAACCGGCUCAUCUCUACAGGGUCAGAGGAGACCUGUCCCUUCCACAUCCCCCGUGUCACAGCACUCAAGCUCUAG